AUGGACUGGUUGUCAGCUAACUCGGUUUACAUCGGUUGUAAAGAGAAGGCUAUCUUCAUUCCUGCUGAGGAGACUACACCAACCGAUGCCAUUGAACAUCUUCUUGAAGGUACAGUUAACAUGAUCAAUUACCUUUUUGUUCAAGAGAAGUCUUUCCUUUUGGUUCUUACGUCGGACUCCAAGGACAAGAAGAGUGUAUUGGAGAUUCCGGUUGUGUGUGAAUUUUCCGAUAUUCGGGUUAAGAGUUCGGAUGUAUCUAAGACCGCUUUUAGGACGAGAUACGGUCAUUAUGAGUUCUUGGUUAUGCCAUUCGGGGUAACCAAUGCUCCUGCUGUCUUUAUGGAUUACAUGAACCGGGUGUUUGAACCAUAUUUGGAUCAGUUCGUGGUAAUCUUUAUAGACGACAUAUUGAUAUACUCUCGGACUAUCGAAGAGCACAUGGAGCAUUUGAGGAUUGUGUUGUCGGUUCUCAGAGAAAAGCAGUUGUUUGCGAAGUUUAGUAAGUGUGAGUUCUGGAUGUCCGAAGUUAAGUUUCUUGAACAUGUCAUAUCUGGCGGCGGCGUAGCUGUAGACCCUUCAAAGGUAGAAGCAGUGAUAAAUUGGGAACGACCCAAGAAUGCAACUGAGGUCCGUAGUUUCCUAGGCUUGGCAGGUUACUAUCGGAGGUUCAUUAUGGGCUUUUCCAAACUAGCAUUACCUUUGACCAGGCUUACAAGGAAGGAAGUUUCAUUCGAAUGGAAUUCAGAAUGUGAGAAGAGUUUUCAGAAACUCAAGGAGAAAUUGACUACUGCUCCAGUGUUGGUGAUUCCUGAUCCAAACCGAUCUUACGAAGAACUUAACAUGCGUCAAAGGAGAUGGAUGGAGUACUUGAAGGACUUUGACUUUGAUUUGAAGUACCAUCCCGGUAAAGCUAAUAAGGUAGCGGAUGCCUUGAGUAGGAAGAAGAUUAAGGUUGCAGAGCUGAUGAUGUUGGAAUUUGGCCUUAUGGAGAUGUUCAGAAAUCUGGAUUUACAAUUCGAGUGGGCACCAACAGGUGUGUUGAUAAGUAACUUGUGUAUUGAGAAUGAGUUGUGGGAAAAGAUCCGUCAAGCACAGUGGAAUGAUGUAGAAUUGCAGGAUAAAGCGAACCUUCCAGAUUUCGUUCGUACAUCUGAUGGACUCAUUCUUUUUGGACGGAGGAUGUGUGUGCCAAAUGACGCGGAGUUAAAGAGGUUGAUUCUGGACGAGGCUCACAAGAGCAAAUUCACCAUCCACCCCGGAUCAACCAAGAUUAUAUCCAUGGACUUCAUUGUGGGACUACCACGGGUAUUAGGCGGGCAUGACUCGAUAUGGGUGAUAGUGGAUCGUUUGACUAAGUCCGCGCAUUUCUUACCGGUUAAGACAACUCACAAGGUUUCUCACCUUGCGAGGCUUUUUGUAGUGGAGAUUGUGAGAUUGCAUGGUGUACCAUCUAGCAUUGUGUCAGAUAGGGAUCCGAAGUUCACUUCCCGAUUUUGGAAAGCUUUUCACCAAGAGAUGGGUACAGAUCUGAAUUUGAGCACUUCUAACCACCCCCAGACAGAUGGACAAACAGAAAGGACUAUUCAAACCAUUGAGGAUAUGCUAAGGGCAUGUAUCUUGGAAAUUGGUGGAAGUUGGAAAGAUAACUUACCUUUGAUAGAAUUUGCAUAUAACAACAGUUAUCAUGCGAGUAUCGGUAUGGCCCCAUAUGAAGCCUUGUAUGGGAGAAAGUGUCGAUCACCGUUGUGUUGGUCUGAAGUUGGUGAGAAGGGAAUCCUUGGACCGGAGAUAAUUCAAGAAACCACAGAAAAGGUUAAGAUGAUCCGAGAUAAGAUGAAACAAGCUCAAGAUCGACAGAAGAGUUAUGCGGACAAACGAAGGAGACCGUUGGAGUUUGAUGUAGGAGAUCAUGUGUUCUUGAAGAUGCGGAAGUUUGUGCCGAAUUCAUUUCAUCCUAUUCUACCAGAAACGAUUGAAGUAGAGCCAGAUCUUUCCUUCCAACCGAAUCCGUGUCGUAUUUUGGAGUAUGCUAGUACGUCGUUGAGAAGCAAAGAGAUACCUCUUGUGAAGGUGUUAUGGGAAGAGUCGCGUCCUGACGAAGCCACUUGGGAGCUCGAAUCAGAGAUACGGGAGUUGUAUCCUCACCUGUUCUGGUAA